CUGGAUUUGUAAUUUUUUGUAAUAAUUUAAAGUUAUUGUACCAAAAUAAAUUAAAAAUGGUCCAAGAAAUACAAAUGAUGGAUAAUGGAAAUGGCUUAGAAAAUCCUAUAAAAUAUGAUGUACCUAUUUGGAAAAUUUGGAAACACAAGCGGUAUGUUUUAUCAAUUUUGGCAUUUUUUGGAUUCAUGAAUAUGUACGCUUUAAGAACAAACCUCAACAUUGCUAUUGUUGACAUGACAGAUUUCAAAAACAUUACUUUAGAAGAUGGCUCCACUAUUCUGAAAAGAGAAUUUGAAUGGGAUUCUACUAUACGAGGAUAUGUAUUAAGUUCUUUUUUCUAUGGAUACAUCUUAACCCAAAUUUUGGGAGGUUAUUUUGCAGUACAAAUAGGAGGUGCUAAAGUAUAUGGUUUUGGAAUAGCAGCCACUUCCAUUUUUACACUUAUUACUCCAUGGAUUGCAAAAACCAAUGUUUAUUUACUUAUUGCUGUAAGAACCAUAGAAGGGGCAUUUGAGGGUGUCACUUAUUCAGCUUUACAAGAAGUUUGGACUCACUGGGCACCACCAUCAGAAAGAAGUCGUCUAGUCAGCAUUGCAUUAUCAGGAAGCUAUUUUGGAGGAGUUUUUGCUAUGCCUAUUUGUUCUUUAAUCGCUACCGCCUAUGGUUGGGAAACUAUUUUUUAUGUAUUUGGAACACUUGGCUUAAUUUGGUACCUAGUAUGGAUCAUAGUUAUUCGAGACACACCUUCUAAAGAUUCCCGAAUAGACCAAAAAGAAUUAGUUUAUAUUACUGAAGCUAUCAAAGCUGUAAAAAAUAACACCAAAAUCAAAGUACCUUGGACUAAGAUAAUAACUUCACGAGCUGUGAUAGCUAACACUAUUUGCCUAACUUGUGAAUCGUGGGGUUUUAAUACUAUGUUGACCUUUUUGCCACAGAUCAUGAAAUCUCUUCUAGGUUUUGAGUUAACAAAAGCAGGCGUUCUGUCAGCCAUGCCAUAUCUAGUAACUUCCAUUAGUGUUCAAAUGAGUGGUCAACUAGCAGAUUUUUUAAUAAGGAGAAAAUGUAUGAGUACAACCAACGUUACAAAAUGUUUAAUUGUGACUGGAUUGAUGGGCCAAGCAAUUUUUAUUUUAGUAGCUGGAUAUUGGAUUUCUUCUGUCGGAACACCUCUUUGUUUAAUAAUUGGCGUGGGACUGGGAGGGAUAGCUAUAAGUGCUAUGGUAACAAAUUCGUUAUAUAUAGCCCCUAAAUUUGCUGGUGUGAUAUUUGGCAUGAAUAAUACCAUUGCAACUAUACCAGGAAUUUUAUCACCGAUCCUAACAGGAUAUAUAGUCACUGAUCUAACUAGUAUAACUCAGUGGAGGAUAGUGUUCUUCAUUUCAUCAGGAUUAUAUUUUAUUGGAGUAAUUGUAAGCUUCUUCUUUACUACAGGGAUUAGACAACCUUGGGCAGAAUCUGAAAAUCAUGACAAUAUAAAGGAUUUAAAUGGUAAUAUUAACGGUGUUAAUAAAAAUUUUCGACUCGAAGAUGGUAACAAUUGUUUGUGAUAUAUUAUUUAUUUCUAUUAUUUAAAAUA